AUGACAGAGCGCGACAAGGUCACCAAUCCCACAUCCGAAUCCCCCGCUUCCAACGACUGGGCAUUCUGGGCCCCACUCAAUGACGCUGGGGAGGCGCUCAUAAACCUCGCGUCAGCGGCCAUCACUCCCAUCGCAUCGCCGCCCACCCAGACCGUUCCUAUGCCCGAGUCCACUGUGCCUCCCAAGGUGCCUGCAGCGGCCACUGCUCCUCCCGCCCCAGAGAAGCCGGUGGCGAAGGACCCCAUGGUGGCCAAGACAAGGACGAUUCCCAAGGCCCUCGAUAUCGCCAACGGCGGUCCACUCACCUCAGUCUGGGCGUCGCACCCAUACUCGGCUGCCUUUCUCUCUGGAGCAGGUAUGGCCGCCCUUAUCGCAGUUGGCUUUGCCACCGCGACGUUUGCGUUCAAGACCGGUCCCAACAUGGCCGCGCCUUCGCGCAGCAUGUACGCGGGCCUCACAGGUCCCGCGUCAGCUCUGCGCGAGCACCAAAUGCGUGACACCGCCUUGAUGCAGAUGCGCCGUACCAACGCGGUCGAGGCCGGCACCAAGGCGGCGGAAGGUGUACAUGCGGACCUGUCCCGCCUGGAGAACCUUCUCCGCGAGACAAACUCGACACAGGCGCGCAUUGUUGAACAGAUUGCUGCUGUUCCAGGCCUCGUGAGCCGUCUGGCCAGUAUUGAAGAUUCGUUGUUGGCCGAGGCAGCGGCGCGCAAGUCGUCCAUCGGUAGCCUCCAGGAGCUGAUCCGUGCCAAUAAGGUCGGGGUGGAUGCCGAAAUCAAGGCUAUUAUGCAGGCGGACCUGCGCGUUGUCAGUGGUCACUUUGUUCGUCCCGUCGCCGAUACCAAGGCCGAGACCGCCCUCCCGCGAAGCGCAAAGAGCCGCUCCAGGAACCGCUCCAGUGGCGACCAGAGCCGUCAUGCCAGCAUCAAUGACCUCGCCAACGAGGGUCUCCUUGGAGACCUCCACCCUGGACCGAGUGCAGUCGAACAGCUGUACGCCGAUAUUGCAGCCGCGAGCGUUGCGGCUUCUCUCGAGACCGAGCCUCUUCAGGCUUAUCAACCUAGCCAGGCUUCUCAACCGACGCCUGAUGUUCCCAAGGUGCCCCAGGCCAAGGUCUCAGCAGACAAAGAUUCAACCUCGAGCACGGAUCCGAAGGCAAACCCGGAUGUGGCCGAGUUUGCCGCCAACCUCAAGACGCCGCGCACUGGGCCCUUACCCAACCCCGUGUCCUUCCCUUCGGUUUUCGUGGACCACAGGAUGUAUCCGAGGCGUGAUGCUGUCGUGGACAUGUUUAAGAAGGAGGCCAAGCAGGCUACCGACCCACCCGAGGACCCCAUCAAGGAUGAUGUCCUCGCAUCGUUGCCUCAGUACGAGUCGGGUGAAGCUGUUACGCAGGAGGAGAUCGACCUGCCCGUCCAGCCCGUCCAGUUUGCUCCGUCCAUCGAGCCGCUCAGGCCGCUCAAGCCCGAUGCGCCUCCCCAAGAGAUCCCGUGGCUUCGUGGCAACACCCUGAGCCGCUCUGAGUCCCGUAAGAGGCAGCGGGCGGCUGCGGCUGCACUCCACGCGUCCAUCGACCCGUCUACUGUCCACAAGACGGAUGGGCCAGCCUGGGUGCCGAGGGACGAGGCCGAAAUGCCCACGCCAGCCCCGUUCUGGAACGAAUUUAACGAACCGAAGGAGUCGCCAUCGCCGAUGCCGGAGCCAGUUGCUGCCGCACCAGGGGUCGUCCAGGGGGCCAAGCCAGAUCCCAUCCCAGCACAAGAGCAACCCAAUCCCGAGGCCAAGCCAACGCCAGAGGAGGUGCAGCCUACCGAAAGUGCCACUGGCCGCGUUUACAAGCCGUACUCUCACCAGCCAGUUCGGUACCUGGGUGUCAACGACAGUGGCGAGUGGAAGUUUACCUUUAGGCCCAGCCACCCAGACGACAAGCCUGCACCCUGUGUCCGACCUCACUUUAUUGUGGUAUGCCGCAGGUCUCACCAGUCGUCGGGCGAGGCAACGCCGUUCUGGUAUGAGAAGAGUUCGACGUACACGGUCGGGCCGUUCAAGACGGCCAUAGUUUUCAGUCCCGAGGUCGACAUGAUUCUUCUUGAUGGUGCUUGGUGGCGCUGUAGUCGGGACGGUGACCUGUACACCGUCCGCGAGAAGGUGGCCGACGAUCCGAGCGCCUAG